GUUUAGCCCAAACUUACUCGGAGUAACCGAGUAACCUGCGGUAUGAACUAAAAAGUUUUCAAACAUGAAAGAAUUUGGAUAAAAUGCGUAUCACAAGCCAGCUGAUUCGCCAGCAGGCGACUGGACCUUUGCCAUCAUUGGAGUAUUUAGACUUGUCGAGUCUUGAUAUUGAUUGUAUAGAGAGACUGGCAUCAUACAAAAAGCUACAGUAUAUAAAUCUGCAAGGAAAUAAUAUUCAAGAUAUAUAUAAUUUGGAGUGCUGUCCGCAAUUAUGGUCACUAAAUCUGAGCUGUAAUCAAAUACAAUGUCUUGAUGGAUUAUCUAGAUUUCUGUGUUUUGGUACAUUAAUCCUGUCUAAUAAUGAUUUAUCUUGGAAAGAACUGGUUAAAAUUCGACAUAUCCAUAUACUCAACUUGAGUCUCCAUGGCAACCCACAGUUAGAAAAAGACAACUAUUAUCGAAUACACGUUAUUGAUUGUUUACCUAAUGUAUGGAUGUUAGAUGGUAGAAUUAUUACUUCUGCAGAAAGAAUUCAAGUGAAAAACUUUUUUCAAGAUUCAGCAUUAACAGAACACCCGGUUAGAAGAAAGUUAACAAGAGAUUGGUUUGUACCUAGUACAAUGAAACAUAUUGAAUUAACUGGUUUAUUUGGUCAAAAGGCAACAUCAUUGCUGACUAAAUUUCCAGUAAAUGCUGUACAUAAUAUAGAAAUGGACAGGAAAAGACUUCAGUAUUUGGCUUAUAAUCUACAGGAAGAUUUAGUUAUUGAGCAGAAGGCAACUAAAAGUAAAUAUCAGUAUGUAAAAUAUAAAAAGACAUUUUUAGAAGAUUUAUUAUCAGUUAGAUGUGAAGAAAGAGAGAAAUGUAAUAUGUUAUUAUUAUUAUUAGUUGCAUCAUUAGAAUUUAUUUUACCCACACAUUUAGUACAAGAAACAUUAGAAACAACCCGCUUACAAAAAAUGGGGAAAGUAUAUUGUAUGGACAUAUUUUUAUUACCACGUGAUGUUAGGUGUAAAGUAGUAUCAAUAUUAUUGUCAGCUGUUAAAAUAGAUAAAGAUGAUAAAGAGAAUGGUGGACUAUAUGAUAAAUUAUACUUGUGCCUUUUCUUCAUUGUAUCAGAAUUAACACACAUUAGUCAAACAUCGAUUGAAUGCAAUCAAAAACCACCAAAAUAUCAAACACUGUACUAUGAAUAUAAAUGUUUAUUAGCAGCUGAAGUAGUACAGUUAUUAUGUAUUGUACCUGCUUUAUUUGAUUAUAUUGAAGGGGAUGUUGGUGUAAUGAAUCUUAUUUCCAUGGCAACAAGAGAUAAAAAAAUCAAUCAAACCUUAUCACAGAUACUAGAGACUUCAAGUUUACAAAUGAAAUCUGACAAUCAGGUAUUUGAAGAAAUAUCAGAUUUUAUUUUAAAGAAAAUACAAGAACAGAUGAUGAACAUGUCAAAUAAAACAUCACCAACCUACACACAGGCAGAUAUUAUUAUUAAUAAAAUGAAAGCUUUACCAAUGAAAAGAAUAAACACACCACUACAUAGAGCAGAAUAUCAUGCAAAAGGCGUUUCUAGUCCUGAACAUCUUAAGAGUAGAACUGAUCCUAAAUCUCCAGUACCACAACUGGGUGAUUUAAUCCUCCUAGGACCACAGACAUUUGGAAAGAUAAUAAAUCUGCCUCAACCUAAUAUAGUGCUAGUUUCUAUUGAUGCUGUACCAGUAUCUAAUGGAGCGAUGGUGUGUAAAUUAAAGGAAUCUGAUGAUCAUUAUACAUAUAUCAAUAUGAAAUAUUUAACAUGGGAACCAGCUAAUUGUAUAUGGAAACCUAUUGAUACUGUAGGAGACAGUAAAAGAGACGAUGAAAAUCAAGAAAGAUUUACCUUACAAAGUGUUGAUAAUUUCCAGCAGGAAUUAGAAAGGAAAUCAUCCCAAUCUGAUUUGUCUUUACGUCCCAAUUCUCCUGAUGAUGGAAUUAUUCUCGGUCAAAAGGGAAGUUAUAGAACUACAGAACCGUUGAUUUUUACCCCUCGUCAAAAUACUACAAGAUUCACUGGAUCAGCUCAUAAACCGAUAACAAAAACACCACGACCCAUGUCCUCAGUAUUAAAAGAGAAAUUAGAUUUGAAGCUAGAUAUGAGUAAAAAUCGAGCCAAGUCGGCAAGAGCCACCCGACGAUCACAAUCUCCAUCACAAACCUUUAGAUCAGAGAGUAUUCAAAAUGUCAAGACAACAAAUGGUAUUCAAGAUUCACAACCAGAUGAAACAGUUUAUAUUAAUGCAGAAGUUAUGGUGAAGUCUAAUAUAAAUGAAUGUAUUGACCAAGUUGUAGUUGAAAAUAAUAUAGCAGUAAAUGAUACAACAGACAGACAACAGAAAGUGAACAAUGAAGAAACAGAGCAACAUGUAUGUUCAAACAGAGUUGACGAUAAUUCACAGGAUAAACAGGCCAGACCCAAAUCUUCAAAAUCAGACAUUUAUGACAGAAGACAGAACAGUCCCAUCAUGGCGCUUUCCAAACCUCGUCCAUGUACAGCUAAACCAAAUUUGGUAACAACCAAGCCUCCAGCAUUACCUAAGGCGCCAGAAAUAAAGACACCAACCUACAUAGAAGUUCAGAUACCUCAGUUUGAAAUAGAGGAAAGUGAAAGGAAUAUAAGUAUUGAACUCGAUUCUCAUCGUAAACAAACUCGUCCUGUCAAAAAACAGCCUGAUUUAAAUAACUAUAUGUAUAAACCAAAAAUAAGUCAAUCAAAAAGAAAUCGUCCGUUUAGUGCUGUAGAAGCUUACAAGACAUUUAUAAACCAACAGCCAGGCAGUAAUUCUAGAAAUCAACCAAGUAGUGGAUACAUGUCUGAUUUCCAGAAAGCAAGAACAGAUGCCUGGAAAUUGGCUCCAAAGAAUAUGGUAUCAGUUGUAGAUAAAAUUACACCUCCACCACAGCGCCCUUCAUCACCAGCUUCCAAAGACAAAAGUAAAUUCAACAGUGGUAUACAUGUCACUAAAGCCAACAACUGGUUAGGUGGUGGAAGAGAUCUUCAUAAAGAAAUGACUAAAACUCGUCCCAAAUCUGGUCAUACACCUGGCUGGAAGGAUGGCUUACCAGAUAGUCUUAAAAGACCUAAAUCUGCUGUAUCUGGUGGAACACAUGCAGGAAGAACAAGUUUAAUGGACCAAUCCUCUAUGAUGUACAGUUCUAUGAGUUACGGUGGUUUGAAUGAUGACAUUUCAGAAAUACCCAAUCAUUUUACAUAUACAUCUUUACAACAACAGCUAGGUCUACCAAGACAAUUCGGAUCAAGUACAGAUAGCUCUCAUUAUUUGCUUCCUCAUCAAGAUAUUAUUUAUAGGUAGAUUCAGUAACACCACUGGGUCAAGGCUACAUUUAUUAAAUGCAGUCCCAGAUAUUUAAGUACCGGUAAAUGAAACUGUUUUAUUCAUGGUGAAGACUUCUGUAAACCUCUAUCCUAGUCCUUAUACUAUGCAACCAUGUGAUAAUAUUUUGAGGAAAUACAACUUUUCAGUUUCCAUGUGUGGUUUGUGAUAUUAAAGUCUCCAAAUUUAACACUAUGUAAAUGCCUGGAAAACCAUGUCUUUUUGCUGGAUUAUAGAUUAUUGCCCUCAAUUGUUCAAAAAGUCACGUUUUUAGUUUGUCAGUCCUCUAGAGGUCAGAACUUCAUCUGAUUUUAAAAACCUACUAAUAUAUCACCGUUUCACCUUGAUGUCGGUCGACUGUGAAUUUCAUGAAAGUAACUGAAACUGCCCGACAAAAUGGUCGCUUCCUGUACGUAAAUAGCGUAAAAGUAUGUAAUACCACAGUUGUUGACCCUAUAGAGGUCACAGUUUUCAUCUGAUUUUGAUGAAGCUUAAAGUAAUGUUUAUAUCCCAAAGAUCUCAUUCCUUUUGAUAUUGGCAUGUACCAGACCAUAACUUCAUGGGUCGCAGCCUUUGAUUGUACGAAAAAUCACAUUUUUAGCUUGUAGACACUCUACAGGUCACAGUUUUUAUCCAAUUUUGAUAAAAUUUAAAAUAUAUAUGUUCUAUCUUUUUCCCUGUAUUUGUUGAUGCAUGCAGGGUAAUAUGGUACAUAAUGAUUUGUUUGGAUUCAAAUAUUUUAUUUUAUUUAUAAAGCCUACUAAUAUUGUGCUGUGAUAUUUAUUAUGUAUUUAUUCUUGUGCCUGUUAUAUUUUCAGUCAGUAUUAAUUUAUAAUAUUCCAUCCAUGGGGUCAUUCACAAUUUCUUGUCAGUACAGGUCAGAGGUUUGGACAUUUUUGUCAUCCAAAUUUUCAGGUAUUGUUUUAAUUUGGGCAUAAGAAAAAAACCUAUCAAAAUUUUGAAUUUUUUUUUUUUGACUGCCAUAUUGCAGAGGUAUCUCUAAAUUUACCUUCAAACUUAGAUUAUUUAUUAUGACAUUAACUUACAAUUGAGUAUGAUUCUACUCAAUAUUCGUUAGUUUAAUGAUUCAUUUACAUGAAUAUCCCAAUAUGAUUGGUAUUGUCAAAUACAUUUUUUCAUCUUUUUUCCUGUUAAAACAUAAUUUUAUUGUUUCAUAUGAAGCAUUCUGUGAUAUUAAUUGUUCCAAUAAAUAUUUGUAUCUUUAUUGAAAACAGAUUAUUUUGGGAUGAUUUAAAUUCGGACUUUAAAUUGAUCUAUUUUGGGAUGUUGGAUUUUUUAAGUUCAUGUUUUAAAUUCAUCUAUUUUCAUAUCUGAUUAAAUGAUUGACACUUUAAAGAUGCAUUAUGUAAGAGCUAAAUUUGCCUAUUCCCGGUUUUUAUUUUGGUUUCCUUUGUUACAAAAUAACAAGCCUAUAAUCAACUCUCUCUGGAUAUCAGAUGGCAGAGAUGUAAAUAGACUGGAGAUGUAAAUAGACUGAAAUACAUUCACUAUUUAAUGAUCUAAUUUUAAAAUGGAAAAGCAAGACUGAGUUUCAAUUAACAGAUAACAUUAACAUUGCUACAAUAAUAAACAAUCUAUACCACAUUAUGUCAAAACUUUAAACAGUGUUAAAUUCGCUCAGAAUUUAAACUAUUUGAAUGAAGUUUUCGAUAUAUUAUUAAUUUUGAAUUAUCUAUUUUUGAACUAUUAUAGCAAGAACGACCAGCUCUUUAUCUAAAUCUUACAUAAUGCAUCUUUAACAAGGUUGGAUGCUUUAAUACAAUAAUCAGGAUUUCAGGAGCAUUAUACUACACAACUGAUGUAUUUGGAUGAAAUUUUAUGUGAACUUGCUGUGCAAGUAUGUUGUAAAUUAUAUGUUUAAACCUUGGCCUACAGUGUUAUAGCCUUCACCUGUUUAAUUAUUACAUGAUGGUUUGUUGCAAAAUACAGGCCAUGUAGGUUUAGACUAGAUCUUUGAAAAAUGUCAAUUCUUAUUGAAUGAUUAACAAAUAAUCAAAAAUCAUUGUAAUUGUUUCGUAGUAAAAUUAUACUAUCAUCCAAAAAACCCAAAACAAACAAUUUUCUUCUGU